CGCUUUCAGUUACAGUAUCAGUUCUCUUUUAUCUUCUCUGAUGUUCAGGGUGCAUUUGGGAAGGCAGCAGAAAGGAAGAAACGAGUGCGUCAAGACGAGGUCAAGAAGAAGGUGGAGGAGGUGCUGGAAAGGGUUAAACAGCACUAUGCCCCAAAACUCAGGAGUGUGAAGGAACUCAAAAGGCCCUUGUGUCGUGAUCGAUUUAUUUAUGCACAGGACAAGAUCACUAGUUCUACUUUCAUAGAGACAUUUAUGCAGCAGCUGAAUAAACGAAAACAAACCGUGUUAGAGCAGUGGAGGCUCAUAGAUGAGAAGAUGUCUGUUCUGAAGGAUGAGCUGGAGGACAAGCUGAAUGAAGAGGCUCUAGCUGAAGGGCUGUACAAGAAGUCCGGCAGAGUAGUGAUUCUUGGCCUGGGCAAUGCUGGCAAAACAGCGCUUCUACAUAUGCUGGAUAAGCACACACUGGGUCUUCAUGCAUCGACCUUUGACCCCACCUCAGAAGUGCUGAGGAUCUCCGGCGUGACCCUGAGCUCCUGUGAUGAGGCUCGAGGAGUCUGGAGGGAUCUUCUCCCAGCCGUGGACGGCGUCGUGUUCCUGGUGGACUGCUCUGAUUACGCCAGGCUUCCCGACUCCAAAACACAGCUUGAGGCACUAAUGACAGAUGAAACCAUUGGAAACGUGCCCAUCUUGAUCCUCGGCAACAAGACUGACAAACCUGAAGCCAUCAGUGAGGAGAAACUGCGUGAGAUCUUCGGACUUCACGGUCAGACGACAGGAAAGGGCUGUGUUCUCUUCGGUGGUCUGAAGACGAGGGCUCUGGAGCUGUUCAUGUGCAGCGUGACGGAGAGACGAGGAUACGCACGGAUAACAUCUAGAAAACGCUUCAGAAAGGAAGCGACGGCUAUAACCUGUGGGUUUAAUGGGUUCCACUCAGAAAGAAAUCCUUUCUGGAUUCCAGUCAUCAAGAUGAUCCAUGAGAUCGUUCCCGCUGCUGUGAAGACCAUAAAGACCACGCUUGAGAACACAGAACGGAUCUCACUGUUCAGAACAUCUUCAUUCAUUGUUUAAAGCCCAUUUAAUAGAAUCAAUAAUGGUUUAACUUCAAAUAUAUUGUGACUAUUGAAAGAUUUGUAUUUGUGCUGAAUGAGAGCAGUAUGUGAGCCGUACUUUCACUUUAAAUAAUUCUAUUCUGAGCCGGUCUGCUUUCCUGUGUAUAAUGAGCUAUGAUCUAUUUUAUUAAUAAAGUGUUAUAAGUGUAUUAAUAAACUGGCCUAGAGAGACUUAAUUAUUGAUCAGUAUGUUAUUGCAAAUAUUAUUAUUACUUCUUCUUC